AUGUCCAUGUCACCUCACCCCUACCUGCACUGGGAGUUGACCCUGGGCUUGAAACCUGGCUGUAGCUGGGACCUGGGGGGUAUCCGGGCUCCUGGGUACUUUCCUUACUUCUUGCCCAGCUGGAUUCACUCCUGCUUGCGAAAAGCUGACAAAAACAAGGACAACAAGAUGAGCUUCAAGGAGCUGCAGAACUUCCUGAAGGAGCUCAACAUCCAAGUGGAUGACAGCUAUGCCCGGAAGAUCUUCAGGGAAUGUGACCACUCCCAGACGGACUCCCUGGAGGAUGAUGAAAUUGAGGCCUUCUACAAGAUGCUGACCCAGCGGGAGGAGAUUGAUCGCACCUUUGCCCAGGCGGCCGGUUCCAGGGAAACGCUGUCGGUGGAUCAGUUAGUGACGUUCCUGCAGCACCAGCAGCGGGAGGAGGCGGCAGGGCCUACACUGGCCCUCUCCCUCAUUGAGCGCUAUGAGCCCAGUGAGACUGCCAAGGCGCAGCGGCAGAUGACCAAGGACGGCUUCCUCAUGUACCUGCUGUCCGCCGACGGCAGCGCGUUCAGCCUGGCGCACCGGCGGGUUUACCAGGACAUGGGCCAGCCACUCAGCCACUACCUGAUGUCCUCCUCGCACAACACGUACCUGCUGGAAGACCAGCUCACGGGACCCAGCAGCACCGAAGCCUACAUCCGGGCGCUGUGCAAAGGCUGCCGCUGCCUGGAGCUCGACUGCUGGGACGGCCCCAACCAGGAGCCGGUCAUCUACCACGGCUACACUUUCACCUCCAAGAUCCUCCUCUGCGACGUGCUCAGGGCCAUCCGGGACUACGCCUUCAAGGCGUCCCCCUACCCCGUCAUCCUGUCCCUGGAGAACCACUGCAGCCUGGAGCAGCAGCGUGUGAUGGCGCGACACCUGCGCACCAUCCUGGGCCCCAUGCUGUUGGACCGGCCGCUGGACGGGGUCACCACCAGUCUGCCUUCCCCUGAGCAACUGAAGGGGAAGAUCUUGCUGAAGGGGAAGAAGCUGGGGGGGCUCCUGCCCCCUGGCGGGGAGGGUGGCCCUGAAGCCACUGUCGUGUCUGAUGAGGAUGAGGCUGCUGAGAUGGAGGACGAGGCCGUGAGGAGCCGCGUGCAGCGCAAGUCCAGGGAGGACAAGCUCAGGCUAGUGAAGGAGCUCUCCGAUAUGGUCAUUUACUGCAAGAGUGUCCACUUUGGGGGCUUCCCCAGCCCUGGCACCCCAGGGCAGGCUUUCUAUGAGAUGGUGUCCUUCUCUGAGAACCGCGCCCUCCGACUGCUCCAAGAGUCAGGAAACAGCUUUGUUCGCCACAAUGUCAGUCGCCUGAGCAGGAUCUAUCCUGCUGGGUGGAGAACAGACUCCUCCAACUACAGCCCCGUGGAGAUGUGGAACGGGGGCUGCCAGAUCGUGGCCCUGAAUUUCCAGACCCCUGGCCCAGAGAUGGAUGUGUACCAGGGCCGCUUCCAGGACAACGGGGCCUGCGGCUACGUGCUGAAGCCUGCUUUCCUGCGAGACCCGAAUUCUACCUUUAACUCACGUGCCCUGGCUCAGGGGCCCUGGUGGACCCGGAAGCAGCUCAGUGUCAGGGUCAUCUCUGGGCAGCAGCUGCCGAAAGUCAACAAGAAUAAGAAUUCAAUUGUGGACCCCAAGGUGACAGUGGAGAUCCACGGUGUGGGCCGGGACGUGGCCAGCCGCCAGACUGCCGUAGUCACCAAUAACGGUUUCAACCCAUGGUGGGACACAGAGUUCGUGUUUGAGGUGGUCGUGCCUGAGCUUGCCCUCGUGCGCUUCGUGGUGGAGGAUUAUGACGCGUCCUCUAAGAAUGACUUCAUUGGCCAGAGCACCAUCCCCUUGGGCAGCCUCAAGCAAGGAUACCGCCAUGUCCACCUCUUGUCAAAGAACGGAGACCAGCACCCAUCUGCCACCCUCUUUGUGAAGGUGUCUCUCCAGGACUAGGUUUGGGGGUUCUGAAGGGGCUGCUCCAGGCAGACCAGGCCCUCUGUCCCCAUGUAGGGAGAGGGCUGGUGUGGCUGCUCCCCACCUCUCACUUGGAGCUAGAGGCCCUGCACUGCCUUCAGCUCUAACAGACGUCUGUGCUGCUGCCUCCCUGGGGUCUCAGGAGCUGGCCCAGUCCCCGGAGCUCUCCUCGAUUCCAUUAGGAAAAGCACUGCAGCCCUCUGCCCUCUGGCCUGGCCCUGGGUCGAGGGUUUUUAUAAAAGUUAUGACUAAGUCC